ACAAACAGCAACAGAGGGAGGGAAGAAGGGCGGGAUGCGCAGGAGGAGGAGGACGAGACGAGGUCCGAGAGAGAGCGAGCUGGAAAAGGAGCAACAAUGGCGGACCAGCCCGGCGCUGCGACGCACGUUUUGCGACAUCGUCUGCAAUGCUGCUCUGCCCUAGCCAUCACCGUCACCCUUAGCUUUCUACCUCGGUGUGAUGGUAGCAGCACUUGGAUUUCUUAGGAUCAUCUACAACCACUACGAACGAACGACCUCCCGCUAUCUGCAGUUCCGCCGUAGCUCUGCGCUGUGAGUUUUUCCCUGCGCUCCAUGAGUGGGUUGUGCUCGGCGUUCGUUCUCAAGAGGAGCCCCUUGCUCUGUGUUCGAUGCUUUGCUGGCGCUAGCUGUGAGCAGCAGGCGGGCACGGGGUCCGUGGCGCUCCGGAGUGGUGACGAUCUUUGGAGGGUUUGAUGGUGUUGUCGCGUGCGGUGAGGGGUCCCGGUGAGUGAGUGAGCGAUCGAGGGCGCUGCGGGGGAUUGCAGGUGGACGCAAGGAGGUGAGGUGAGUGAGGUCGGGGAGGAGGUGGCAUAAUGGUGUACAACCAGUCGGACAGCGAUGGGACCGACGAUGACGACCUCCCUCCGACGCAGGUGAUGCGGUCGUCGGGGGUGGCCCGUGCGAAGGGUCGGCCGAGCGGGAACGGGAAGCCGUCGAGCUCGUUCCACAUCGAGCAGCAGAUCCGGCAGCUAGAGCUGGAUGCGUAUCUGUCUCUGCUUCGGGCAUUCAGCGCGCAAUCGGAGGUGAUCACAUGGUCAAAGGAGGGGCUGAUGUCGGACAUGAGGAAGGAGCUUCGGGUGGCGGAUGAGCAGCACAGGGAGAUGCUGGGGAAGGUGGGGCAGGACGAGACACUGCAGAGGAUACGGACGUGGAGGCAGACAGGGGAGGAUCCUGGAAUGGUUGCGCAUCAUCGGGAGCCGUCGCCGAGUCCCUCGGUGUCGCAGAACAGGAAGAAGCAGAAGGUAGGGCACGCGGGACCGAUUCUGCCUCCGCCCGCUCCCUUGCUGAAGGCGGCACCGCACUUGGCGCUGCCGUCGGCGUCAGGGGGACGAGGGCCGUCGAGCGGGAAGAAGUCGCGGAGCAAAGGCGUGACGGAGGCGGGCGGGGUGCCGGGGAGGGGGGCGGCGGGGGGUGGAGGUGGAGGUGGAGGUGGCGGGGUAGGGCGAGGAGGAGCAGCAGGGGGGCUGGGGGGCGGGAGGGGGGCGGCACCAUGGAGCAACCACAAGGGCGCAGGGCCGUCGACGGACUCGCGCGUGGAGGCGUGGGUGGGGCGGAGGCUGCGGAUACGGUGGCCGGACGACAACAUACACUACGAGGCGGUGGUGGUGGACUUCAACAGGGAGGAGAUGCUGCAUUGUCUGGCGUACGACAGCGGGACUCCGGACGAGAGCUUCGAGUGGGUGGACCUGAAGGGGAUGGACAAGAACGACGUGCAGUGGCUGGACUCGCGGGCGGACCCGGUGAUGAUUUUGGAGGGGAAGGUGCCGCCGCUGAUCCCGGCGGAGCGGGGCGCGGGGCGGGGGGUGAAGCGGGGUCGGGGGGGAUACGGGGGCGUGGUGGGAAGGCCGAAGGGGAGCGGGCAGAGGGGGAGGCCGCCGGGGUCGGGGGCUUCGCACGAGAAGGGCGCGAUGGCAGCGACGCCGCAGUCUCGAGGGUGGAGAGGAGGAGGUGGAGUUGGCGGCGGGGGUGCGGUGGAGGCGGACAGGAACGGGACGGAGAAGGGCGAUCGGAGGACGCACAUACUGUACCCGGACACGGCGGCGUUCGUGAAGCAGAUGGACGCGCUGGAGCAUGAGGAGGACUUCGAGAAGCUGGAGAGCGGGAGGCGGGCGGCGAAGGAAUACGAGGAGAUGCUGCGGAAGGCGCUGGCGAUCGUGUCAGACUUCAGCGGGGACGGCGGUGGCGGCGGCGGCGGCGGCGGGAGUGAGGAGGAGAGAGUUCAGGUAGUGGACUCUCCCGUUCAGUCUGUGGGUCUAGAGAAGGGGGGUCAUCGUAGUGUGCAAGAGACGGGUGGGGGCAGGCGAGAGGAGGAGAGCGAGGAGGAGGAUACGGGUGGGGACAGAAGAGACGAUCAUGAGGGGUCGGAGGGCAACGGCGGAGGCAGGGGGGGAGGCGGUGGCUCGGACGUGGAUUUAGAUAAGUCAGACGACGACGGGGACGGGGACGGGGAAGACGACAGGUAGGGAGUAGUAGGAGCAGGAGGCGAGGUAGUAGGAACGGAGGACAGACAGACGCAGCAGAGCGAGCGAGCGAGCGAGGAGGAGAUAUGACAGCGUGACAUAUGUGCAGGCUUGGUGGGGACGUGGGGUUUGAUUGUGCCCAGGUUGAUUUGUGCCCUUUUUGUAUUUGUAUUUUGGCUCCAUUACGUGGGUGAGACCUUUUUUCGAAAAGAAAGAAAUGGCGUAAUGAAAUGAGAGGUGCGGGGUGGCGAGCCCCCACCGACGGUGCAUAUUACAGCA